AUCACAAGGAAGAGAGAAGAAAAAUCCUAUUUUGUGUUCAAAGUUAUUUUUCUAAAGUGUUAGAAAUAUACACAAAAUAUUAUAAAGAAAUAUUUAUAAGAUAAAUAUUUUACUAUAUAUUUAUUACUCCCAAAGUAGUAUUAUUAUAGUUUUUACUAUCCUAAAUUAAACUUGCUAGCACAAGUUUAAUCUAGGACUCCGGAGCAAGUUCGUGUGGAUAUGUUGGAGGCUUCAUACGUUUGGCGCUACGUUCAUCUCCUCAAAACCAUCCCCGACCGUUCCUUCGUUCUCCGUUUUCACCGUUAAGACUUAAUCAAAUUCAGUGAUAUGAAAAAUUGGAUAUCUUGAUCGGAAGUAUCAGAAACAAGUAAGGAUUUCUCAAUCAGAUGAAAAUUCUCAGAUCCGGAAGACUACAUAAGAACCGGAUGUCCCGCUACAACCCGCUGAAGGCUAAUCGGAAGACUUGCGCGGAUCUCUUUCUCAUCCGGAAGUCUGAAAAUGGCUCAUCCGGAUUUCCAUGGAAGAAGGGAAGAAAUCUGGAGAACUACACUGUCCAAGGUCUUCUUGAUGAGCUCAGAACCUAUGAGCACGAGCUGAAGAAGAAGAAGGAAGAACAAGUCACUCCCUUCCCCACGACACUGAUGACAGCUCCAAGAGUACCAUCAAGUGAAGGGACAUGCCCAAGGAACUGUGACACACCUUCCUCCAGUCAGCUGUCAAGUUCAAAAAUGGAGAACUACGAUGAGGAAUUUGCCAUGAUGGUCAAGCAAUUCCGGAAGUUCAAAAAGUUAUUCAAGAAAGCUGACUCAGUCAAAAGGCCAUCCAAGGGAAAGCCACAGGUAAGUGACUCUCCUCCUGAAUCUUAUUUGUGUUACAAUUGCAGGAAGCCUGGCUACUGGAAGUCAGCAUGCCCGUACCCAAAAGUGGGGAAGUACGGAGAAAGAGAAAGGAUCGAGAAGAAAAAGAAGGCAAUGGUUGCUGCUGAAAGUGACGAGUCAUCCAGCUCAAGCUCGGAUGAAGAAGCUCUCAUCUGCAUGGAGCGCAGAGCUGAAAAGUCCAACCAUGAGGAUAGGUGGACUAUGUCAGAUGAUGACACUCUCUGCCUAAUGCCCAAAGAUGAUGCUGAUCAAGAGGUAACCUCACAGACCUCCUGCUCAUCUUCUUAUGAAAGCAUACCAACUUCUGAAAAUCUUUUUGACCAGUUCAAAAAGAUGAUGAAAGACUUUGAGGAGAUAAAUCUCAAACAUUCUUCCUUAACAAAGGAGAACAAACUAUUGAGUGAAGAGAAUCUCAAGUUGACUGAAGGUCGGAAAAGUCAACUGAAUGAGAUCACUCAACUCAAGACUGAAAAUGAAUCUCUCUCUGAAAAGGUGAAAUCCAUUAACAAAGAACUAGGGACUCUUAAGUCCAAAGAAGCAGUGGAUAAGCUUCUUGAAACGACCAAACAUAAGGGUCGUGAAGGACUUGGGUUUGACCCCUCCAAUUCUAAAAGGAAAGGGAAAACAACCUUCAUCCCUCCUAAACCUACUGCUAAACCAAAUAAGCAGAAAGGGAAGGAAAAAGAAAAACCAACAGAAGUUCCCAAAAAGGAAGCCACUAAGUACCCAGGUGUCUGGUACUUAGACAGUGGCUGUUCAAGACACAUGACGGGUGAUGUGAGCCUUUUGAGCAAUCUAAUUCCCUAUGAUGGUCCAAGAGUUACUUUUGGAGGAAGCAAUGAUUUUGGCCUUACCAAAGGGCUAGGAAAUCUGGUGUACAAGGGACUAACCAUCCAAGCUGUAUCUUAUGUUGAAGGUAUCAAUUACAACCUUCUUAGCAUAAGUCAGUUUUGUGAUAAAGGUUACUCCUUGGAAUUCUGCAAGGACAUGGCAUCUCUCAAGAACAUCUCCACAAAUGAAGUUAUUCUCACUGGGAAGAGAAUCAGAAACAUCUAUGAAGUAAUAUGGAGCGAUGUCAAGGAAGCAUGUCUAAUCAGCAAAGAAGAUGUCCAAGAAGAUGCUGAAUCUCUUCCUAUGAAACUCUUCCAAAGAACACCAUCAUCUCAUCAGGUAACCAACUUUCAUUUCCAUAGCUCUUUCACCCCUGCUCUUCCGGAUGAGAUACCGGAAAACUGGACAAAUAAGGUCCAAGGGCUGAUUGAAUCAGCCCUAGCAUCUCAACAUGCCUCCUUUAGGAAAGAGAUAGAAAAAAUGGAAGUCAGGCACACCCAGCUAAUAGAGAAAUCUGAAGGAAAACACAGCACAGACCUCAAAGAAAUAAGCAAAUCAGUGCAGAAGACUCUGGAGAUUAUCUCUCUAUUGAGUGAAGCUGUAAGCAACACGAUGGAAAUUUAUGCCUCUGACAGUCAGCUUCAUCUCAAAGAGAUCAACAAAGUCAAAGAGCAAAAAGCGAGUGUCACAAUUAGUCUCCAAAAACAGAUGUCCCUUCUCCAAAUGGACAUCAGAUCAGCCCUAGCAGUAGCUUCUGCAAAUCAGGUAGUAACCAAAGAUUACUUGAAGGUGAUCAUUGACAAUCAAAAGGAAGCAUACAAGCUGUUCAGACUUAUUGGUGCAAACUCUGGAAACCGCAAGAUGGAAAGAAAUCCGGAAAACUCAGUACAACUUCUAUCCAGCUCAGGACUGGAUGGAACAGAAGCUAUAGGUACAGUUGUUGACCACAUCUCAAAUGAUGCUCAAUCAGAAGAAAGACGUGAAAAUUUAAGACGCAUCAAAGAACUGUGUGGGAACAUGAAGGGCGUCAGUGAAGUUGCCGGAUCUUCAAAGCGCAAUAGAAACUGAAGGUUCUUUACAUUAAAACAGGGGGAAACCCUUGCAGCUUUGAACUUCCAAGUUCUGAAGCACGCAAUAAUCGAUUAUCAGCUUUGCAAUAAUCGAUUAUCAGCCUUUGCAGCCAAAACCCAGAAUCUUCAGAGAGGACCAAUAAUCGAUUAUCACUUGUUGACAAUCGAUUAUCUGGGUUACCGUUGUCCUCCAACGGAUAGAAUUUUAAAUUUUUGGACAGGGAAUCUUUGGAUAAUCGAUUAUCAUGGUUUGA